AAGGGUAUAGAUGGUACAACAUGUAACCUAGGGAUGUAAUUGAAGAUUUUAGUAGUAAAGGGGAGGCAAGUGAAAGUUUUUAUUUAGUAAGGGGUGGUAAGUGAAAUCAACCAAAUAAUAAUUAAUUAAUGGAAGAUUUAUCGAGGGUUCUUCUUGUCUUAGCCUAGUUGCCACCUUUCCCUUUUCCUAGGAUUCUCUCUCUCUCUUCUUUCUCUCUCCUCCUGGUAACCCAUAAGUCAUAUCUCACUUGCAGUUGUAGAGAGAGAAACACACACUUCAGUCCCACUGCUCUCAUCUUACUUCACACGCACACACCAAACACUACAUCGGUAUCUGUAAAUGCGUCAACUCCCCAUUCUCAAUCAAUGACCCUACGGCCCGACUCCCGCUCCCGGGCCCGAACCCGCAUCGGGAUCCGAACCACCCGCCGCCUAUCCCCUUGCUACCGCCACCCGAACGAACCAAUCACCGGCAUUUGCGCAUCGUGCCUCCGCGACCGCCUCUCCGGCCUCGACACUUCCGCCGCCCCCACUGCUGCAUCUCCGGAGCUCCGCCGAUGCAGGUCGGUGGUCUCGAUUUCCAAAUGCGAAGCCUCCUCUAGCGGCUUGAGCGAGCCGCGGCGCAGGUCCUGCGACGUCGUAUCGUCUGACGGCGGCGGCGGCGGCGGCGGCGGCGGCUCUCUGUCUACUCUCUUCGAUGUGGACGAUUUGAAGAGCGGAUCCGAAACCGAGGCGAGAGUCGAAUCGAAGAAUGUAGGGCUUUCUAGGGUCACUUACACUGUGAUCGAAUCGAAGAAGCAAAAUCAGGACGAGGUGGUUAGGGUUUCGAGUAACAAAUUGGGGGUAUUGGAUGCGGACUGUGUCUACAGUGAUGGGGAAGGUGAAGAUGGUGAAUUCAAGACGAUGAAAGAAUACAUAGAUCUCGAAUUCCCAAACAAGACUAAGAAAUCCAAGGACUUGAAAGAAAUCGCCGGCAAUUUCUGGGGGGCGGCGUCGAUUUUCAGUAAGAAAUUGCGGAAAUGGAGGGAGAAGAACAGUAAGAUGAAGAAGCACAGUGACAGCAGCAAUGGCAAGAGCGGUGUUGGUGACGAUGGCGAUCUGAAGUCUUUCGAAGACAGGCGGAAAUUGGGGGAAAGGCAUUCUGAGAUUGUGGGUAGAAGAAGAUCUUGCGAUACUGAACCUAGGUUCUCCGUUGAUGGUGGUCGGAUUUCGUUUGAGGAGCCGAGAGCUUCGUGGGAUGGGUAUAUGAUUGCAAGGACGAUUCCGAGGCUGGCUCCGAUGUUUUCGGUGGUCGAAAACGGCAUCUUGGGGAAUGUUAACAGCAGGUUUGAGAAUCGUAGAUUGUCGGUUGAUGGUGGGCAGCAAAUGCACUCAAUUAUCGAGGACGAGAGUAGCUCUGGAGCUUCAGGUAAUUCCGAUUCAUCAUCUUCCAUGAGGCAGAGUAGUUCCGAUCGCUCGAGUUCUGUCCAUAGUUUCGCGAAGAAACUGACGAGUUCAGAGAAUGUGAAGCUGGUGAUUACGGAGAAGGAGUUAAAAGAUUGGCAUUUGGGCUGCGGUGUAAACGACGGGCUGGAAAGCUUUGGAUCCGUAUCGAGAAACACCCCUCCCAUUGAAAGUGUCGGUAACUUGAAUGUGCAGGCGAAGAAAUCUGUUCGAUGGCGUAAGGUUUGCAAUGUGUUUGGUCUUAAAGUCAAGAACGGUGGAGAAAAUGUAAUCGAGCCUUGUAUCGAUGAGAACUGUGAGAAGAAGCAAACGGAGGAGGCUGUAAAAGAAAUCGGGGGUUGGAAUCUUGCACGAAGCAGCAGUGUUGUUGGUUCGAGAGCGUCGUGUGACGAUGCCAUAAGGUCGAGUUAUGGUAGGAGAAGUGUCGAUAAUGCGUAUAAUGCUUUCAGGGGUAUGGAGGAUUCUAAGCUGGGAAGAAAUCAGAGUACUAAAUAUUCUUCGGCUGGUCUCGACGAUGGGGUAACGCCGUUUUACAUGACACCGUUGAGGGGAUUGAGGAAUUCCAAAUCUGGAAAAUUCAAGCUGCAGAAUUCACAUUCCGUUGUUGGGAAUAUUCUGCAGUUAAACUGACUGAGGGCCUUUGUCCGUUGAAUAUGGAAGUUUUCCCAUUUGUAUGAAACAAAGUAUGUAAUACUGCUAUCUCGUAACUCUUUGUAGUUCUCUUUAUUAUUAACAUAAAAAAAAAAAAAUCAGUUUUUUUUCUUUUUUU